UCGAAUCUCUCGCCCCCCCGUGUUUGGUGUGUGGCAUGAUGUUGAAGACCGGCGUUGUGUCAGCCCUGCUGCUGCUGGGUGCAUGCCUGGGCCUCCUUGGGGCUGCUGCAGAGGAGAUCAUAGUCGGCAAGAACAUCACAGGUAGGUGGCUGGGAUGGGUGGGAUACACCCAGGCGACAGCAGCAACAAUGGGGCGCAGAGAAGGAGCAGCGGCGAGAGAGAUAUAUGCACAGAUCUGAUGAAUGUGUGACUGACUCAUCUGGGCAUUUGUUGGGGGUGGCUGUGCUUGCGGUGUUGUCUUGUGUGCAGAGGAUGCGCGGUGGACCGCUGACAACACCUAUUUGCUGACGGAGCAGAUCUACGUUAAGGAGCCGGCAGAACUCUACAUCGAACCCGGUGCGCGCUUGUGUGUGCGAAUCAUCCAUCCACCCGUCAGGCACCAGGAUGGCUGAAUGCAGUGAAUGCAGCUCAUGAUGCAGGCCUGUGUGUCUAUGUGCGCGUCGAUUCAGGUGUGACGGUCAAGGCUGAGACCUUCGACAGCAGGGGGUGAGCGAGCACAUGAAUGACGUCGAUCGACAAGAAAGACGGACUGACCGCGUGCAGUCAUGUGUCUGUGGUUGUGUGUGUGUGUGUGUGUGUGUGUGUGUCAGGUACACGACGGCCCUCAUCAUCAACUCGGGCGCCACCAUACGAGUGAGACCACACUGCGUUGCCUUACCUGCCCUACACCCAUCAAACCAAACGCGUCUGUGCAUGCGCGUGCGUAUGUGCCUGUCAAUUGAUGCAUUGAUGCAUUCAUGACACAUGGAUAUCAAUCAGGCGAUGGGGACGAGGGAUGCGCCGAUCACCUUCUCGGCCAACCAGCCUCCCGAGGCCAUGCAGAACGCCAGGGGGCUCUGGGGUGGCAUCAUCGUGCUGGGCCGAGCCCCCACCAACAAGGGCGCCUCGGACGCCAUCGAGGGCCUCAGCAACGCCACCUUCGGCGGCACCGACCCCGACGACAGCAGCGGAGAAAUCCACUACACCAGGAUAUGGCACGGAGGAGCCGGUACGUCAGUCACUAGUGAGUCAGUCAGGUGCACUGCAGUGAGGUCACAAACACAAGGUCAGGUCGAUCAAUCAACGUGGAUAUGAUGUGCAUUCAUUCCAUGCAUACAUACAUACAGAGUUGUGGCGCGCGAAUGAGAUCAACGGGUUGACGUUUGGUGGUGUGGGUCGCGCCACCAAGGUGGACCACGUGGAGGUGGCAUUCAACUACGACGACGGUAUCGAAUUCUUCGGAGGCACGGUAAGUAAGGCAGGCAGGCAGGCCGGAUGGAAUGGGAUGCGUGGUCGGGUUUACAUGUCUGUCUGUCUGACUGCACUUGUGUGGGGCCGUGUGGUGUGGUGUCUUUGUACAGGUCGACCUCAAGUACGUGUCCCUGCUGUGCAAUGGCGACGACUCACUCGACGCCGAUGAGGUCAACACACACACAAAAGAGACAGACGUUCUUACAGGCAGGCGGGGCAUGAGGAGUAUAUGCGUCUCACUUAUCUGUCUGUCUUUUGGUUGCCGACUCCAAUACACGCAUCACAUCAGGGUUACCAGGGCCGCGUGCAGUAUCUGCUGGUGGUGUUGUGCAAGGACAUCGCCGUGGGCGACGACUCGUUGACCGACCAUGCCUUCGAGAUGGACAACAACGGCAAGGACUACACGGCCUCGCCCCGCUCCCACCCCAUCAUCAGCCACGCCACCCUGCUGGGCCCGGGGUCGAGCAAGGACGGGUGUGACAGGAAGGUCAAGCACAGCAAGAUGGCCCACUUCAGGGAGGGGCUGGGCGGCACAUUCGCCAACAUGAUCGUCGCCCACUCGCCCGCCGGUUUCAUGUUCGAACACUUCCAGGAUGCCGGGGCGGCCAACUUCACCCAGGUACUCAAGUACGUAUGCGUCUACGGUGGGUGCUCUACACACCUGUUUGUUCGUAUGGGGCGGCCUGGCCUGGCCUGGCGUGCAUUGCAUGUGGGUAGGGCUUGAGUGUGAGCGGUUCCGGGAAUGAGGCCUUCCCUGACUUUCUGUAUUUGAGUCCGUCGAAUGUGCUGUUCAACGUGGACGAUGCCGUCCAUUCGGAGAGCGACAUCGAGCCCCCCACCAUCCAGUACAUCAGCCAAGACCCACAACUCGCAAACGUACGUCUCUCUCUGUGGCACACACACGCACAUGCACACGGGUAGACGGAUGGACAGCCAUAGAUAGAUAGGUACAUUACAUGCCGUCCCUUCGCUCCCCGUGGGUGUGGUGUGUCAAUGCAAUCAAUCGAUGCAUGUCAUGUGAUGUGUGUCAGGUGGACCCGUGUGUGGACGGCCGUGAGGACGCCGACCUGUUCGAUCCCAGACCCGCUGCCGGGUCACCCGCAUUCUCGUGAGCCACAUACAUACAUACAAAUGAAUGCACCGCACCUGGUUGCUGUGCUGCACCACUCCCCACCCCAAUGUGCCCGAUGGUGUGUCUGUGGUUGUGCGUGUCUGGCCAUCAUGGGUGACUGCAGUGAUUUGGACGACACGCUCUCUGACGAUCCGUUCUUCGACAAAGUGGGCUUCAAAGGUCAGACAGACACGCCCACAUGUCCUUCAUGCCCUGUCCCGUGUGCACUGCAUGGUUUGGUUGUUCCUCACUGCGUCGUCUUUGCUUCUUUGCUUGCUUUGUUAACACUGGCAGGUGCAUUCAAUAGUAGUGACCUGUGGAUAGCUGGGUGGACCUGGUGGGCCGACCAAGGCAAGCUCCCACAGACUCAGCAGGAGACAGCCGCAGACGAUGCCGCAGAGGGGGGUGUCACCGAUGGCGAGGGCACCUCUGCUGCAACGCCACACACGCGCCCGGCCUCUCUCAUGGCGUUCAUGCUCACGUCCGUUGCCCUGGUCAUCGGCAUGAAAGCGGUGAUUUAAUGAGGGUGGGGUAGGGAGGGAUGGAUGGGAAGGGAUGGAGCAGACACGAGGAAGAAACGUUUGUCGUGGCCUGCCUGCCUGGUCCGGUGUGUGUCUUGUCUUGCUGCCUUGCAAGCAAUGCAUUCAUGAGGGUGGGAGCGUCCGUUUGAUGGAUGAAUGAAUGGGCAAACGUUUGGGAGGCAAUGAGGGGCACUCAUACAGACAGACAGAUGUGCAUGCAUCCAUGCGUAAGGAUGGAUGGGAUGCAUUGCAAUGCAUGGAGUUUAGCCGUCCUUGUACGUAUGUCUAAGCGUGUGAGUGAGGGAGUGAGUGAGUGUACCAAAUUUCUGGUGGGGUGUCUUACGUCCCUGUCUUGCUGUCUGUAUGUCUGCUUGUCUGCCUCCCGUUUUCUAGUCAGUCAGCCGUUGCUUGCGCAUCCAUCCAUCCAUCGCACGGGGAGGGGCGAUAGAUAGAGACCAGCCAUCUAUCGCUUCGUACGCAUGUCUAUGCAUCCUACCUACACACCCACUGACUGGGGAUCGCAAUGAAUACGACCGACACGAUGGGUACCGGAAGUAAGUCAAGUCCAUCCACUUGUGUGUCUGGGGGGCUCGGCUUCUCUGGCUGUCUGUCUGUCUGCCUGUGUGUGUCUGUGGUGUGACUUGUUUGUGUCUGCCUAUCGCAUCAGUUCCACGUACCUCUAUCUAUCUAUCGCACAAGUGAUCUUUGCGUGUCGUGUCGGGGCAUCAACGAGCAUCGAUGCAUGCUGUGCUGCUUGCUGUCGGCUGGGGCGAUAGAUAAGAUAGACCGGUGGAAGAACAGACAGACGGACAGGCAGAUCGAGACGUGAGACGUCCUGUGGGAAAGAGACGAGCGAGUACUUAGUGGGUGGGUGUGGGUGUGGUUGGUUGAGUGCAUAUGGGCACAGGUAGAUGAGCGGUGGGCGUGUGAUGGGAAAUGAAAUGCCGACAGACCGGUGUUUUUGAGGCCGGUGUGUCGUUUUCCCCUCAAACAACAAAUACCAUACCGGUCGGUGGAUAGGAUUGAUAUUCAUUGGCGACCUCUUUCGUGUCCGUGGGUGGUUUCGGUGGCCUGGCCUUGACUGGCGGGAGUGGGUGGAGGGCCCCGCAGACAGAGUGCCCGACCCGCCUGCCACAAAAGCUCAUGAAUGAAUGAAUGAAUGAAUGGGGGAACAGAGAGAGAGAGUAUUUCUUACAUGUACGCCACGCUAUGCUGUGCUCUGUUUUGUGUGUGUGUGGCUCUAGUCGUUGCAUGACAUGACAUACGCACGCCCGUUGCCCCUCGAUUGCACCCCCCGCACACCCGUCAGUCAGUCAUUAUAAUGCACCCACUUCUGCGUGUAUGUCUGUGUGUGUGUGUAUCCCUUUUCCCGCUGUGGGCCACAGCACAGCGUGCAUUCAUCCCACCCAUCUGUGUGCAGCUCAGCUGCUGGCCUGCCUGCCAACGGUCGCUCUAUUGCUUGCUCCACGAGUGUGGGAGAUUGGUUGAUUGACACACUCACCCACCCACCUGUCUGUGUGUGUGUGUGUGCUAUCGUACUUUUAUCUGUAAGUGUGGCGCCUCCGUUUUGAUACUUCCGUCAGUCUUUUGAUCGAGGACGUUUUGCCGGACAGACGAGGAGGCGAGGAAGGGGUGGCGAGCUUGGUGAGUGAUACCGCUGCCUGAUGGUUGUUCGUUGUGUGUGUGAUCGAUCAUUAAUGAUAAGUAUACUACGGUGAUUUUCUCGGCUGCCUGCCUGCCUGCCUGCCUGAAGUAGGAAAGUGUGUCGUGUCAACCAACGGAUAUGAGAGAGCAGAUGCCACGGCACGGUAGGUUAUUCAUUGGUCCAUCGAUCGUUUCGGACAUUGCAUUGCACGAGGACGUGACAGUGUGUCAGUCAAUCAAUCAACGCAGUGGACGGCCCUUAUCAAAUCAUUCUCACGGUCACCUCUCAGGUCGUCUCGUCUCGUCCACACCACACUUGUUUCUACCGUGAAGCUAGUAAGACACCCCAAGACACGCAGAGCUCGCUCCGCAAAUGCUUUCACUGACGUACGGAUGCACGGACGGAUGCACUAGCUAGCGAGGGGGUGGGGUACUGUAUGGGGGGCACGUAUAAAUGACUGAGAUCGGUCGGACUCAUGCACACAACACACAUGAGUGCGCUCACUCAUGAUGCAUGGCCACACACACACGUGAUGACUGACAUGAAUGAAUGCACCGGUGGGUGGAAUUGUGGGUGGGAGCCAUCAAAAAUGGGCGCCGACCGCCUGGAUCCGAUCCAUGCGAUGCACUCACGUACUCACACACACACACACACACUCGUUGGUUCCCUCUCAGUCGGUUGGUUGGUUUUUUCAUUCAAACGCACC